CUGUGGAUAGAUCCGCUCUGAUCGGACUUGGAGAGACUCCCGCCUGUUUUAAUCUGCUUUGUUUUUCUAUGUGACACAGUACAGUGAGCUGCUGCGGCAUUUUUACUUUAACUGUCUAAACCCUGAACUUUGGAGCAGGACAGUGUGCAGAGGGAGGAACUGCAGCGGAGGGAGGAACUGCAGCGGAGGGAGCCUCCAUAAAUCACUUUACUCAGUGCCACACUGUGGAUGUGACACCUCCUGACCUGUGGAGCAGCUGUGGUCUCUCUGUGGUCUCUCUGUGGUCUCUCUGGUGUGUGUGCAGAGGUUUGGGUGGAGGUGGUUGCAGCCAGGAGCAUGACGGAGCCGACGUUCUGGAUGGAGAAGGAAGAACUCCUUCGGUUCUUCCGCCGCCAUAAAACUGAACUGUCCUGCAUGGAGAACCCGCACAUCUUCCUCAGCCAGCUCAGAGAUCACGACCUGAUCCCGGAGGACAGAUACCAGAAGGUGAGUCGCAUGAAGAGUAAGAACAACAUAAAAAGAGGCCUUUAUGACAUUCUGGACUGGCUGGAAAAAGAACAGUCAAAGCGCAUCAUAGACUUCUGGGACUGUGUCUUCACGGAGACCAUCAUGAACCAGUACCCCACCCUGCGACUGCUGCACAACAAACUCAAGGACGGGUCUUUCCAUUUUUACCAACAACAACCAGAGAGUGAUGAAACAGAGGAGUCAAAUGAAGGGAAAAGGAAGAAGCUUUCGGCAGAUGAGGACGGAGAGAAGAAGCAAGAAAACUCAGUAAAGAAGAGAAAACUAAGAAGUAGGAGCGCGUGCAAUGAGGAGGAGGAGGAGGAGGAGGAGCAAGCCGGUCCGUCAUCUCGACUGACUCCAAGGAAAAAGUCCAAGAAAUUAUGCUUCUCGUCUCCCCUGAAGAAGGGACAGAAGAGUGACAUUUGGACCUGGAACAUCUACAAGACACAGCUGCCUGUGACCUGUGGACAGAAGGAGGGGACACUGGACAGACAAAGACUAGCUAAAGGGGAGAAGUGCAUUGUGUUCAAGAAACAGUGGUUUACUCCUUGUGAAUUUGAGAGGUUUGCGGGGAAGAAAAGUUUCAAGAACUGGAAGUUGAGCAUUCGAUGUCAGGGCACCCCACUGGAAAAACUUUUAAAGGAAGGUCACUUGAAGGCAGCAAAGUACAAAGGAGGGUGUAAAAAGGCCAAGAGGUCACUGGUGCUGGAUGAUCAUUCCAUAACAGUGUCUAAUGAAGAAGAAGAUGAAGACAAGGACAGCGACCAUGACAAGGAAGACCAGGUUUCAUCAAGCGGCAAAGAAAGUUCCACAGAUGACACAGAUGACAAAAGACAGACGGAGGAACGGCCUCAGCAGCAGCCACAAACCAGUACAACAAGACAUGACCGUGGCAGGAAGGAGUUCAGUGUUACAUGUGGAGCUUUAUCUGCGACAUUUCACAGAAAUCGGUUUGCAUCAGGGACUUGUGGGAAGAGUCUUCGUACUGAGACGAGCUGGAUGACUCCGGAGGAGUUUGUGAAGGAGGCGUCAUGUCCAGAUGCAGAUGCCACCUGGAGGAAGGACAUCCUGUAUGAAGGGGAACCACUCAGCAUCCUCAUAGAGGCAGACAUCUUGAAGAUCCACUCACUGCUGUGUAAAUGCGGACUGUGCAAACCAGAUAGUCAAGACCUGGAUAAUCAGAAAAACGACGAUGAGUGUUGCGUCUGUAAAGGUGCAGGAGAAGAAGAGUUGGUGGAGUGUGACCACUGCCCUCGCUCCUUCCACCAGAGAUGUCACCUGCCUCAUGUGGAGGACGACAUUUUAGGGGACGACAGACCAUGGAUGUGCACAUUCUGUGUAUUCAGAACCUCUCAGUCGUGGCUUUACCCAGAUCAGCAGAAGAAGGAAGAAGUCUUGUCUCGCCAGAUAUCCCAACGCAUGCUGCAGUGCCAGUAUCUCCUCCUGUAUCUGUGCAGUGCUGAUGAGGAACAAAUAUUUGCCACCAACCCAUGCCUCUACCACCCACAGUUGCAAGAUUACUCCACUGUGAUCAAGACUCCCAUGUGGCUCGGUAAAGUUGCAGACAAACUCCAGGAGCAACUCUACCAGACGGUUGGAGAGUUUGUGUCCGAUGUUCAGCUCAUUUUCACCAACUGUGCCACGUACAACCGAGACAACGCUGAAUUCCUUGCCAAGGGCAACGGACUGAAGAAGUUAUUCGAUGGAGAAUUUAAAAGUGUGUUCAACAUCAGUGAUAACUGAUGACGGGUAAAUGGUGUUUAGUUUUCAUAUUCAGUAGCUUCUGGGAAAAGGUUAAAACAUUUAAAUAGCCCUGUGGUAUAUGUCUUUCUGAUUGAUGCCUCUGCUGCAGUCACAGUAUUUCAGAAUAAUAAUCAAUAAGAGGUAAAGGUACUUUAACUGGAAUUAAGUCAGACAGAAAUGAUCCAGUUUAACUUGAGGUCUUUUUGUGGUAAGGAUACCUGCAGUGACAGAGCUGUUAGUGGCCGAGUUGCAUUGUGGGUAAUGUAGCCGCCAGGUUUUUCAUGGAUGCAAAUUGUCGCUGGAAUAAUAAUAUUAGGACAAUAUCUGUUGUUCUGAUUUUGAUCCAGUGUUACAGGAGUGUACUUUUUACAAAUAAUGUAGUUUGAUUAAAGUGAGUGUCACUACCAGGGCUGGGUUAAAAUUAUCGAUUCAUCUCAUCUAAAUUGAUCGUCAUUUGAAUGACACUAUAUCGAUUCAUAAAAUCCUAAAUUGAUCUUUUAAUAUAUAUGUUUCCCCACAGAUGUGUGAAGCUUUAACCACGUUAAUCUCGCAGAUAGUAAACGAGCCGCGGCGCUUAAUUAUUAAUGAUCAAAGUCUUGAGAAGCUCUGAAGUUACCAGCUCCUUUAUCUGUAACUGUUUGCUCACUUUUUUAGUUUUGGUCUGUUCCACUUUUAAAGGCUUUAACCGCCUGGGAAACGUGAGGUCGGAUUCUGGGCGCUACUUUUGUGCCUUUUUUGUGCCAGCUUUCAAGAGCACAGCGGCAGGUUGCGUCAACCUUAACAAUCAUAUCCUGUUCACCUGAAAUCCUGAGUGCAGAGCUGAUCUUUCUUCCAGGAGCUGUUUAUAAGUGUGUAGGCCUGUUGUCUAUGGGACAGAUGUAAAGCUCUGGGUAGCCCUGCACUAACAUGAUCAACUUCAUAUUUAUCACAGGCUGAUAUGUACGGAUGAAGGGAAAGAUACUGUAUGUGAAGCUGUGAUUGGUUGUUCCUCGUCACAUGUCAUGUGGUACAUGCUGCUGUGUUCCUAAAGUUGAACGCUGUUUAUCCUAGGGCACAAAAAUGCACGCUGCUUGAGCACACCUGCCGCGCUUCUAUAUUGAAAACAAUGAUUUUUAAGGUGCAAAAGGGUUGUGUACAGCAUUUUAGAUUGGUUUCCAGUGAAAUUUGAGUUUGUAUUAUGACUUAAUAUUGCUGUUGCUGCUCUAGAAACAUUUAGUUAUAAAAUAUUCAGUUUUAAUCCUGUUCUGAAUUUAUUCCCUUUUUUCAAAUAAUUCCUUGUAAAAGUUACACUAUUAGUUCUCUGAGAAUCUCUUUCACAUAUUAGCAAAAACUGGUAUUGUAACUGAAAUAUCCCCAAUACAGUCAAUAUUGAAUAGAAUAAAAUCAAAUCGGAAAUCGAAUUGAAUCGGGACCUUGUGAAUCUAAAUGGAAUCUAUUCAGGAAAUCAGUGGCGAUACUCAGCCCUAGUCACUACAGUACUUGUGAACAGUGAACUUAUCAUUUUGGGAUGAUCCUCAGCACAUGAUGAGAUUUCAGAACAGCUGAAACUGCUUAUAGUGAUCACGGGUCAUAUUCAUCACUAUAAACAGAUGAUUAUUAUGAUUAUUUUCCUUAUUUCUCACACAGAUUACCAUCUCAUUGACAUGUGCAGUCUAUAUUUAUUACAUGAAUAGAAAAGGUUUAAAGGGCCAGUGUGUAAAAUGGGUUGAAAACAGUGACAUGUAGCGCUAAGAUUCUAGAUUGCAGUGCUCACUCGUUCGCCUGUGCUCACCCCUCCCGUCGGCAAAGUUACGGUGGCCUCCGAGGAUAACAAAAGUGGAUUCACCGCACACAGGGCUGAAUUGCUUCUUAUUUUAUUAAUCAGUCUACAAAACAACUCGUUACGCUUCAUCGGGUUUGUUACACAGUCCACAGCACAGGUGAUUUGAAAUAGGCUGCAGCUGUACUGAAUCCAAUCAGCAGGGUACACAGGAGUAACGUUACUGCUAUCCUGUUGUCUGUUAUGCCUUCGACAUAAGACUAAAAUUUUCACAAGUGUUUUACAAUAAUUGCUCUACCUGGAGAUGAUGUAACGUUAUGAACUCUCCUCCUCACUCCCUACUUGUCGAGUCUGUAUACGUUUACUACGUGCUGACAAAUAGUAGCAUUUAUUUUAGUAGUUUACCUGUCCAGCAGAAAACAUGCCACUUCAGCGUCAGAUUGAAGCCCUUUGUCCUUCAUGAACCCCCUCCAUCGCUGAAAAACAUCACCGGUGUUUAAUCUCUGCCGCUGCUUGUCCCGUUUUCUUUGCCCCUCUUUGCGUCUUCUUUUCCUCGCAGAUGACGGUUCGGGUUCAUUCUCUCCU